UAAACAAGCGCUCCACGUUGGUAGUUGGGGAUCGCGAAAGCGGAAAAUGUUUCCGGGUUGAAUAUCUCUUUGUUUUAUUUGCCGUAAUUGGUUUCUUUUUGAACGAUAAGGCACUUAUGAGUUUUGAUGAGGAGGUUUCGAGCAGCGAGCUGUCUGAACUAGUGCAUUAUUUUUCAAAAUAUCCUUACAGAGCGCGGGAUGCCAACUCGAAGAUAGAGGGCAUCCAGAAGAAAUGCUUACAGCUCUUUUCUAAAGAUUACAAAUUUACGACAAUCACCAACAGCAAUGGAGACUUGUGCAACCAUUACCCGCUCAAACUGGUUAUUUUAGAGUCAAAGCUUCAUUGUGGAGAGUCAGACAAGAACGAAAGUCAAAAAGCAAAUGAUGCAAGGGAACUUCGAGAUCUGUUUGUGAAGGCUAGAUUUGCCAGAUGUAGAUCAAGAUUUGUUGUUCCAGUUAUUCUCUUUGAGGGAAAGAAUAUUUGCAGAUCAGCUACAUUAUCAGGAGGACCUGAAAUUUAUGGUCGAUCUGGAUAUGAUUUCCUUUUUGCUGGUGGUGAAAGUAUCCCUGAUAAUCCACUAGAAGAAGUUAGUGGAGUGAAUGGAACAGGGUCUCUUUAUUCAAGUGCCAGUGGUGAAUAUGACUUAUUUGACCGCAUCAGAGGUCAGGAUAUUCGCUUGCUCAAAACUCUCAAAGUAAAAUACAUCUGUGACUUGAUGGUGGAGAAAAAGAAAGUCAAGUUUGGAAUGAGGGUGUCAUCUUCAGAGAAGGUGGACAAAAUCCAGCGAUACUCGGACUUCUGUUUGUGUUCUGUUCCUUAUCCAGGCUGUGAAUUUUUUCGAGACUUCAAGGAGAAUGAGUACAAUGCAGAUGGUUUACAUUUCAAUUGGCAACAGGAUUAUGUUGACACAAAAUUAAGUGUUCCUGAUUUGCUACUGCAUCCUCAGGGAAUCGAAUGGCACAACUAUCAGUUAUGGGAUCUCGUAACACUGACUCAAAACUAUCUUAAUCUUUUGAUAAGCUGUGUUAAAGAUGGUGAAGGAGGAUUGUUGAUACACUGUAUUUCAGGAUGGGACAGAACUCCGUUAUUUAUUUCACUCCUAAGGAUGUCUUUAUGGGCGGAUGGAAGAAUUCAUCAGUCGCUGAGUCCUGCAGAGCUACUUUUUCUUACAAUAGCUUAUGACUGGUUCUUAUUUGGGCAUGGUCUUCCUGAGAGACUUCAGCGUGGAGAAGAGGUUUUCUUCUUUUGUUUCAAUUUCUUGAAAAACAUAGCGUCAGAUGACUUUUCUGUAAAUUCAUCUUUAACCCGGAGAGCUGGUGAUAAGCGAAGUGACUCUAUAGGUCAGUUUGAUGUUGGUACAGUGUUAUUAGAUGAUCGACUGUCACGCGGGAGUAACUCAAGUUUGAGUAGCUGUAGUAGCAUGACGUCAGAACAAAGAACAAGUUUUUUCAUAGGUCAGGAGAUAGCAGAAGACUCAGAAUUAGCUUCUUCCUCAUUUACCAUUUGUAACGGCGCACGCGCAGCGUAUCACUCUCCACCUCGUUCUCACGCAGAUCAUGAAUUUCGUCACCAGUCCACCAGUCCUCUUCCGGUUCCACGUCGGUCAAGAAAGAACUCAACUCCAUCUGAUCAAAAACCGUCCUCUACAUGUGGAAGUUGGCAGUUGAUAUCAGGAACAGGGAGUCCGAACGGAACUACCACUGUACGAGAUUCUCCAAUAUCCGCACUUGGACAUGGCAGCAGCUCAACAAGCUUAGCUGAAAGCGUGGACGAGUGCUCUGAACGACAGGUGCGCUUAGGAGCCAUCCGUAGCUUGUUUCAUCAACUUUAUUUCAAGGCUGUCGGCUACACGACGAAGUACGAAGCUGGCAAUUCCUUCUCGAGUAUUCUUGAUCAAGUAACCGAGAAAUUACGGGAAGGAUGGGGUACUGUCGUUUAGCGUAGUCAAUUCGAAUUCAAUUCACGAUUCUUAAAAAGAAAAUGAAAAUUGUUUGAACACCCUUUAACAAAAAAUUGCACCUGUUGUAGUACUCAAGCCGAGUUUGCGCACUUCAUGGUCCUCUGUCACUGUCCUAUGCGCCCCUAUCUCUAAAUGCUCCAAAUACCAAAUUCCAAUUCGAUACGGAAACAAUGGACAAGAUGAACCACCUAGUGGAAUAUCCAUCGUGAAAUUGCUAUUUAUUCAUUCCCAUUGAAUUUCCUGACUUUCAGUUGUGCUGCGACUAAGUCCUUUCGUUGUGAUGAUUAUCUUCAGAAUAAUAUCCCUUUCGUCAAAGAAGAGAAAAUUUGGAAAUUACUUUCAAUCUCGUUUUUAUGGGUCAACUCUCUUCCUCCCUAGAAGGAAGGAAGAGAGAGGACCCUAGGAACGAGGUUAGUUUAUUUUUAGUUCAUCGGUAAUAAUGCAAUGUUCGCGUCGUAUUUUAAAUUACUUCUACGGUAAACCGAGUUUUAAAAAAAUUAGCUUUCUUAAGGCGAGAGGUGUUGUCCAAAUCAAGUGUAGUUUUUGUUUGCUGAACUCAGUUUCUUUUCACCUAACUUGAGAGAAAAACAUUCGACGACAUUCUUUAAAACGAGUGAAAUCACAGAACUAAACUGAAUUUUACGUAGCUUAUAAAUGCAGUGAAAACAAAUCAAUACAAACAUUGCAGACCAGAAUAGACCUUCCAAAAUUUCGACAACGAUAAACUCUCUGCAAUUCUUAACUUCAAGUGAAUCAGUGCUUAGUCUCAUAUACCAACUGACCAGCCUCUUCUGGAAGGACUGUGUAAACAAUCUUCAGACAACUAGUACCGGGCGCAAAGCGCAAGGGAUCUUUGGAGGAAUUAACAACUAUGUUUUUCCUUCUUCCUCUGCCGGCCGAGUUUUUCAGGAGAGAGGUCUGGGCAGGAAUUGUUGCAAGACCACGUAAAUCAUCUAACAUGGAAGGAAAUUAUAAAGACAAAAUUAGUAUCUAAUUGUUGUUGAUAACGAAUAUUUUGUUAUUCAGAAGAAGCAGCAUUACUAGUUUCCCACUGCGAACUAGAAGAGUUGAUCUGUUGAUGAAGAAAUUAAAUCUUUUUGAAAAUAGCAUUACUUGUAAUGCUAAAUUUUUAACAGUCCUCCUAUACUAACAAAUUGUGGUGAAAUACAUUGAAAAUUUCCUCUUCUCUGAUAAUAUUCGCAUCCUAAUAUAUUCAUAGGCAAUAAUACUUGUUUGAAAGGUGAAAUUCUUGAUAAUCUCUGAGAGUAUUUUAAAGUCACUUCACACCUAAUAUCAAAUUAAAGAGUGUUCUCAAUAUUUGUUUCA